AAGCAAACGUCAUUGUUAAAGAGUGAUUUUCGGUUAAGUCAGCUCCGGCCACUGAUUCGAAACGCGAGUUCUCCUCCCAUGGCGAACUAGUUCAUCUUCCAAUCCCUAAUUCUUCCCCAAUUACUAUGCUGUUUAAUUAUUGUCCAUUCAUCAUAAUCAAAUUCCAGACAAUUGCAUAAAAUUAUUUUUUGAAUUUUCUCUCUCUUCAAUGGCGGAUGCAAUUCGUUUAUCUUCUUGUAAUUCCCUUCGAUUUUCUACUUCUCUGCUCACUUCGCUGAAUAAUUGGCACCCGGUUAUUUUACGUAAUCGCAAUUCUUUCGAAAUUGGUGCUAGAAUUGUUGAUUCUGCCUUUGUUUCUGUUGUUCCUUCUCUCUCCUUCAAACCCAGAAAGCGAAUGUCUUCGUUGAAGGUACAUGCUGUUAUUGCUGAAGCAACCGAUCAACCAAAAUGGUGGGAAAGGAAUGCAGGACCAAAUAUGAUUGAUAUUCAUUCCACGGAGGAGUUCUUGAGUGCGUUAAAAGAAGCCGGAGAUAGAUUAGUAGUGGUUGAGUUCUAUGGAACCUGGUGUGCCUCUUGCCGUGCUUUGUUUCCUAGGUUGUGCAGAAUGGCAGAAGAACAUCCAGAGAUAUUGUUUAUAAAGGUCAAUUUUGAUGAGAAUAAGGCAAUGUGCAAAAGUAUGAUGGUGAAGGUACUUCCAUAUUUCCAUUUCUAUCGCGGUGCUGAUGGGAAGGUGGAAGGAUUUUCAUGUUCCCUAGCUAAGUUCCAGAAAGUAAAGGAUGCCAUUGAAAUGUAUAAUCCAACUGGAAACAACAAUGCGGCGAAAAUGGGCAAUGAUCUUACACUUGAUUCCUCGGCCAAUGUAGAUGAUAAAUCAGCCAAGUCUAAUGACACAUAAAUCCCUCUUACUCUUCAUUAUUUGUUCAUAUAUGAUUUUGUGUAAUCCUAGUAUCUCCACUAUUUUCGUACGAGUAGUAAAUAUGUAUAUUUGCAAGUGCUCUCUUGUAAUCUAAACCUUGGCCAUUCUUUCCCUUUUCACAACUUGAACGUGGUAAUUUGUAUAUCAUGCAAGUGGAAAUAGUUACUCAAGUCCGGGGUUUUGAAUUCUCUUGUUUCAGAUACCGAUUCACGACCAAAUUUAUAUGGUUUAUGUCUUCCCGUGCAUCGAUUUGUAUCUGUUCUCUUGUUUCAGAUACCGAUACCGAUUCACGACCAAGUGAAGGACUUAGAGGUGAACUCUGAAUUGUUGUAUUCUUGUAUAUAUGUAAUUGUUCAAGAGGCUACUAAACUGAACUUCUGUUUUCCAUGC